AUGCCGCUGUUCCCCCUGCGCCGCCCCUCCGCCCGGCGGACGCCUCCCUUCCAGCUGGCAGCGCUCUCCGCGCGCAGCGACACUCGCCCGGCGCACCGCAAGCAGCUGCCGUCGCUGAUCGCCGGCGGCAUCGCGGGCUCUCUGUCGGCGGCGGUGACGUGCCCGAUGGAGGUCGUGAAGACGCACCUGCAGGCGUCCAAGGGCGGGUCGCAGGUCGCGCUCACGGCAAACGGCCCGUUCUCUAUCGCGCGCAACAUCGCGCGCGCCGAGGGCGUGCGCGGCUUCUUCCGCGGGCUGCUGCCCACGCUCAUCGGCAUCCUGCCGGCGCGGGCCACCUACUUUUGGGCGUACGCCACGACUAAGUCGUCGCUUUCGCAGCGCUUUGGGGAGAGCCCACUCGUGCAUAUGCUGUCCGCGGCCGCCGCGGGCGUGUCGUCGAAUACACUCACCAACCCGAUCUGGCUCAUGAAGUCCCGCGUGCAGCUGCAGGCGGGCGCUACCGCCGGGAACCCUAUGGUGUACCGCGGGUACGGCGAUGCCAUGGUGCGCAUCUUCAGAGAGGAGGGGGUGGCCGGGUUUUUCAAGGGGCUCACCGCGUCGUACUGGGGCGUGACGGAGGGCGCGCUACACUUUGUCGUGUACGAGCGGUUGAAAGCCAAGCUGGUGGAGGAGAACCGCCGAAAGAUCGCCCAGGGGCACUACUUGACCACCCCGCGCAUGACGGAGGACCCGCAGCGACUCACCAGUUUGCAGUACCUGAGCGCUGCGGCCCUGUCCAAGCUGCUGGCGUCCAUGGCCACGUAUCCGCACGAGGUCGUCAGGCUCAGAAUGAGGGAGCAGCCCAAGUUUGUCGGUGCCGUGCCGAAAUACAGAGGCAUGAUCCAAUCGCUGCGGGUCAUCGCCAGGGAGGAAGGACGCAGAGGCUUGUAUGCGGGCAUGGGUACCCAUUUGGCGCGCGUUGUGCCUAAUGCUGCCCUCAUGUUCUUCACGUAUGAGGUCGUCGUUAAGUGGAUCGAGAAGAGGCAGGCCGCCACUCCGAUGAAGAGGGACAAUCAGAGCAAGGUAUGA